AUGAAGUUCAUCAUUGCUACAACUGUACUCUGCCUGUGCCUGGUUCUUGGCCAAGCCCAGACGCUGACAACGCCGGAGCAAUGGAGCACUCAGCUAUCGAGCCUGGUGGAUGACAUGACGCAGAUUGGCAUUGACGCAGGCAAGACGCUGGUGCAUCAGUACGAAGAGAUUGUCGUGGAGCCACAGCAGCAGCUGGAGCAGGCCGUCGAUAAGGUGGAGACCCGUCGCAAGGAAAGUCCCGAAUGUGUGGCCGCCCAGGAUGCCGAAAUUGUCCGCAUUGUGGAUACGGCUCUCGACGAGCUGCAUGUCUGCGGUGUGACAGCUGCCCACGAUUCGGCCGAUAUUGUCAGUGAUGUUAAUGCUGCCACACAGCAGCUGGUCUUCGGCGGCUACUCGCGACGUGCUCGCUCCUCGGUCGAGACCAUCAAGCAGGCGACCAACGAACGCAUUCCCGGUGUCUUUGUCGAGAGCAAAGCUUGCACCCAUCUCGCAUCCUCUAAGGCUAUUGAUGCUCUCGAUGUGGUCAUCACCAACAUCGAUUCCUGCAUUGCCAGGGCUCGUCGUCAUUAG